AAAAAAGUUUUAAUUUAGAAAAAAGUGAAUAACGUUCAUGUAGCUCAAAAUCCAAUUCCAGCUCAUUUGUUCAUUCGAGUUUCAGGCUUUCAGCUCUUCCAGCUAUAAAUCACAGAAUAUUUAAAAUGUAAUUUCUCAAAACCCUAUUUCCAAUUUCCAAUUUGACUGGAAAUGUCAUUGAAUUUCAAGAAAUUUAAGAAAAUUCGAGGAACUUCAGCAAUCACUCAUCGAUUGAGUGAGAUUCUUGCGUUACAUACGUGUUCUUGUUCUGAUUUUAUCGGGCACAAUUACUUCCAUGAACGGUUUUUCCCUCGCAUUGGAGCAAUUCCAUAUUUUUUCUCAUCGUGUUCAGCUAACAAUCACAGUCACGCUUCUGAUUCGGCGCCGGAAAUUCGCGAGCAACGCGUGAGAAGCGAUAAUAUUGACGAUAGCAAACGCUUUUAUGAUAGGACUGCAGAAACGGUUUCUAAAGAAAGCCUAUUGAGUUCAGAUUAUAAUUCGAAUAGCUGGGGUGGAGAAAACUGCGAUUUUGAUGGUUUCGACGAGUCUGAUGAAGAAGUAGAAGAGGGGAAGAGUGAAGAAGGCAGCGACGACGACGAAUUUAGGGUUUUGAGUGCCUUCGAUGGGAACAGAGCGCGGAUCGAAGCGUCUAGAAGAAUCGAGGUGGACGAAGGUGAUUUGAGGCACCCUUUAGUGAGAGAGAUAUGUAGAUUGAUUGAUCGCAGGGCAGCGUGGUCUCCUAAGCUUGAAUCGGAGCUGAAGCGCUUACUGCGCAGCCUGAAACCUAGCCAAGUGUGCGCCGUGCUUCGAGCUCAGUCCGAUGAAAGAAUUGCUUUGAAUUUCUUCUACUGGGCUGACAGGCAAUGGCGAUACAGGCAUUAUCCUGUUGUUUAUCAUGAAAUGCUGAGAAUUCUGAGCAAGACGAAGCUAUGCCAGGGGGCUAAGCGCGUUCUUCAUCUUAUGAUUAGGCGUAAGAUUGCGCUCUGGCCCGAAGAUUUUGGUUGUGUAAUGGUGUCUUUCAGUAGAGCUGGUCAUCUGAGUAAAGCAUUACAGGUGUUGAAUGCAAUGCAGAGAGCGGGAGUCGAGCUCGAUAUCUCGGUGUGCAACACUGCGGUUAAUGUUUUGGUGGAGGGGGAGAAGUUGGAGAAGGCGUUGAGGUUUUCGAAGAGGAUGCAGGUGGUUGGGAUUGAACCUAAUGUUGUUACGUAUAAUUGUCUGGUUAAGGGCUACUGUGAAAGGAAGCAGUUGGAUGAUGCAGUCAAGUUGAUCGACGAAAUGCCUCUGAGAGGUUGUGCUCCAGAUAAAGUUAGUUACUAUACAGUGAUGGGAGUUUUGUGCAAGGAGAAAAGGAUUGAUGAACUGAAGGGGCUUAUGAAGAAGAUGUUGGAAGAAAGUGGAUUGCAGCCUGAUCAGGUUACGUAUAAUACUCUGAUUCACAUGCUCUGCAAGCAUGGGCAUGGAGACGAGGCGCUGGGGUUCCUACGGGAAGCAGAGGAGAGAGGGUUUCGUAUUGACAAAGUCGGGCACACUGCAGUAGUGCAUUGCUUUUGCCAGGGAGGAAGAAUAGAUAGGGCAAAAGGUAUCAUUGAUGAGAUGUUGUUGAAGGGAUGCAGCCCUGACGUUGUGACAUAUACUGCUGUUUUGAAUGGAUUUUGUCGCGUGGGGAAAGUUGAUCAGGCUAAGAAAUUGCUGCAGGAGAUGUACAAGCAUGGUUGCAAGCCUAACUGUGUCUCAUACACAGCCUUGUUAAACGGGCUAUGUCGGGGUGGGAGCUCUUCUGAGGCGAGAGAGAUGAUGGACAUGAGCGAGGGAUGGUGGACUCCUAACUCUGUGACUUAUAGUGUAAUCUUGCAUGGGUUUCGUCGUGAAGGGAAGCUAUCUGAGGCUUGUGAUGUCGUGAUGGAGAUGAUCGGGAAAGGGUUUUAUCCUUCUCCUGUCGACAUCAAUCUCUUGAUUCAGUCUCUAUGUCGAGUUGACAGAGCGGAGCAAGCUAGGAAGUUAAUGGAGGAGUGCCUUAAAAGAGGGUGUGCUGUCAAUGUUGUGAACUACACCUCUGUAAUUCAUGGAUUCUGCCAAAAUGAUGACUUAGACUCGGCUCUAUCUGUGUUUGAUGACAUGUAUUUGAAUAACAAACACCCUGAUGCAGUGACAUAUACAGCGGUAGUGGAUGCGCUGGGAAGGAGAGGGAGAAUCGACGAGGCUAUUGAAAUGAUCAAGAACAUGCUACAUCGUGGUUUGCUUCCUACACCCGUCACGUAUAGAUCACUCAUCCAUAAUUUCUGUCAGCAGGGGAGGGUAGACGAUUUGUUGAAACUGAUGGACAAGCUGCUGCCACGACAAAGCUUCAAGACGGCAUACAACCUCAUUAUCGAAAAGCUUUGUUGUUUUGGGCACACUGAUGAGGCUUACAAGAUUUUGGGAAGGAUUCUGAAAACUGCUUCCAAAACUGAUGUGGAUACUUGCCACAUUCUUAUGAGAACUUUCUUAAAGAAUGAGAAUCCUCUUGGAUCAUAUCAAGUGGCUUCUAGAAUGUUCAAUCGGAAUUUGGUUCCUGAUCUGAAGCUGUGUGAGGAAGUGAGUAAGAAGCUGAUUUCACAGCAGAAACUAGAGGAGGCAGAUAAGCUUAUGCUGCGGUUUGUGGAACGUGGGCAUUUCCCGGCUAAGAGUAAACACGCUCUCCAUAGUUGAUCUGCAAAGCUCAACCAUUCUUCGAUAUAUACAUACUGGUAGAAUGAUCCCAAAAAAGAUAGGUUAAAGCAGGCAUUAAGGAAGCUGAGUUCUGUGCUUCUAGAAAUCUGGCUUCAAAGGUUAUGCAGUUAGAUUUUGGACAUCUACACCACAGACAGGUCAGCAAAACUUUAAUUACUGCAUUGUAAUUCCUAAGUUGAUUAGCAUAAUACCUAAAUGUGUGAUGGACAUAGUUGUUGUUUAUGAGCGAGAGAGAGAGAGAGAGAGAGAGAGAGUUGACAACGACAUGACGAGAAUCUUCAUCAUAGAAGUCUAGGACAUGACUCCAUUUGUCUAGAGAUGGUCCAGAAUCACUAGGUAGUAAAUCCAAAGGCUUUUUUUCUUGCAAAUGAUUCAUUCACUUGUCUUUUCUGGUAUUUCUUGAAUUCCUAUCAUAUAUCACUCUGAUUUGAAUAUAGCUCUUCCCUUCACACUCACCGUGUCUUUGCCACGUGAACAAGUGAUAAUUGUUGCGAUUGCACGUAAAUUGCUCUGUACAAGUGGGGGUAAACUCGAGCCCCUGUGCUCGCAUUCUAUCCCAUCUCGUAUUUUAGUUCAUCAGCUUCGUACGAGCGGAUAAUGGCCUCCUUGUCAGUCUUUUGGAUUCAUUAGGACACACACUAGCUCGAGUCUAGGCUCGUAUUAAUUCGAGUGGGUCUGCUCGCUCUCGUUCUAUUUCAUCCCGUGUUUGAUUUCAUCGGUGCAUGUCAUGUGUAUAAUACGGCACAAAACGGGGCGCGGUCCGGAAGGUGGCCAACCAACCCCCCCUAUACUGCUAAAAUUGUAAGAAUUUAAGUGCUCAAAUAUCUUGCUACAGUUGCCAUGUUUCACUCUCUGUGAUCUCUCAUUCUGCAUAAAGCUUGAAAAUGAUGGCUUUCUUUUAUAAAAUAAAAUAAAAAACACAGAGACAUACGUUAGGUAUCUUUGAAUUGUGUUUACUUG